GAAUAUUUGUACCGCGCAGGCGCUCUUGGCUAAUAUGGCGGCCAUGUAUGCCGUCUAUCAUGGGCCGGUGGGGUUGAAGCAGAUCGCGGAGAGGAUCAGGGGGAUGACACAGGUCCUUGCUGAGGGGAUCCAGAAAGGCGAUGCCGGGGACGUGCAGGGCAGUGGAUUGUUCUUUGACACACUCACUAUCCGAGUGAAGGACAGGGAGGCGCUCCUGAAAAAGGCCGAGGAGCAGGGCAUCAACUUCAGGAAACACUCUACUGAGAACACCGUCGGUAUCACGUUGGACGAGACCGUCACAGAAGCCGACGUGAACGACCUUCUCCGAUUGUUUGGUUGCAACCAGAUGGCCUCUGAGAUCGCCCAAGCAAUGAAUGGACCCAAACCGCUUCCCGAGGCGUUUCAACGCAGUGGUAAAGUCCUUCAACAACCGGUCUUCAACACAUACGGCUCCGAAACCGAGCUUCUCCGGUACAUGCACCACCUUCAAUCCAAGGAUCUCUCGCUUACGCACUCCAUGAUUCCCCUUGGGUCUUGCACCAUGAAGCUCAACGCGACCUCCGAAAUGCUGGCACUCUCCAAGCCAGAGUUCAUGAACCUGCACCCCUUCGUACCGAAGGACCAGGCUCAGGGCUAUGCUGAGCUUAUUUCGGAGCUCGAAAAGGACUUGAGCGAAAUCACUGGAUUCGACGCAGUGAGUUUGCAACCCAACUCUGGUGCACAGGGAGAGUACGCCGGUCUCCGCGUGAUCCGCGCCUACCUCGAUGCUCAAGGCCAAGGCCACCGCGACGUCUGUCUCAUCCCGGUCUCUGCACACGGCACAAACCCUGCCUCAGCCGCCAUGUGUGGUCUUCGCGUCGUCCCCGUCAAGUGCGACAAAGACGGUAACCUCGACAUGUCUGACCUCGCUUCCAAAGCCGAGAAGCACAAGGAUUCUUUGGCGGCGUUCAUGGUCACUUACCCCUCCACCUUCGGAGUCUUCGAACCCCGGGUAAAGGAAGCGUGUGAGAUUAUCCAUAAGAAUGGAGGACAGGUAUACAUGGAUGGUGCGAACAUGAAUGCGCAGAUUGGGUUGUGUUCGCCUGGGGAGAUCGGAGCGGAUGUUUGUCAUUUGAACCUGCACAAGACAUUCUGUAUUCCGCAUGGAGGAGGCGGACCUGGUGUUGGACCCAUCGGUGUCAAGGCACACCUCCAGCCCUACUUGAUGGAGCACCCCAUUGUGUCGACGGGUGUAGGUGAGAAGGGAGUUCCUCCGGUCGCCGCUGCACCGUGGGGAAGUGCAGGAAUCUUACCUAUCAGCUGGAGUUACAUCAAGAUGAUGGGUGCGAAUGGUCUUACGCACGCUACCAAGAUCGCCUUGUUGAGUGCGAACUACAUGGCAAAGAGGCUGGCUGAGCACUAUAAGAUUCUCUACACCAACGAACACGGGAUGGUGGCUCACGAGUUCAUCCUCGAUGUUCGUGGGUUCAAGGCGUCAGCUGGAAUCGAGGCGGUUGAUAUUGCGAAGAGGUUGCAGGACUACGGCUUCCACGCUCCCACGAUGAGCUGGCCCGUUGCGAACACCCUGAUGAUUGAGCCCACCGAAUCAGAAUCAUUGGCAGAGUUGGACAGAUACUGCGAUGCCUUGAUUGCGAUCCGAGAGGAAAUCGCCGAGAUCGAGCGUGACGAGCAGCCACGUGAUAGCAACCUUCUCAAGAACUCUCCACACACUCAGCGCGAUUUGUUGGUUGGCGAAUGGAAGGAUCGCAGCUAUUCGAGAGAACGUGCUGCGUAUCCAUUACCGUGGCUGCAGGAGAAGAAGUUUUGGCCGAGCGUGGGACGAUUGGAUGAUGCGUACGGUGACUUGAACUUGUUUUGCACGUGUGAUCCUGUCGCAGCCGAGGAGGAAGGAGAAAGGCCGUACGGGGGUGUCGGUGUAUGAUACGAAGGGGAUGAGAUGGACGGAAGCGGUGAUUAAGAUAUGAAAUGGGAUAGGCUGGGCGUUUGUGACAUUCAACUGUGUAUGGGUACACUUGGCGGGGCCGUCUUAACACGCCCAAUAAUACGAGCA